AUGAGUUUGGAUAAUUUGAUACGCGCUGUCAUAUCACACCAGUCACCCGUUCGCGCCACCAGCGGGUCCAGCAUCACGGCGAUCUCUGGUUGGCCGGAAAUUCGUCAUGGUGACAGAACUCCUAUUCAUAAGAUUCCCGAGGAUCCUUACAGAAACCUUUGGACUCAAGGCUAUGGGCAACUAACUCGUCAUGGUGCAGAACAACAUGUUUCCCUCGGAACGUUUAUUCGUUCCUUUUAUCCGAGUUUACUUUCCACGUCAUAUCUUCCGGAUGAGACGUUAUUUCUCAGUUCUGGAACAGAGAGGACGUUGAUGUCAGCCAACAGCUUUGUCCGAGGACUUUAUGAAACCGCGUCAACGAGUUUCACAUCACCCCCAGUUUUCUCUAUUCCGUUAGCCACAGAUCAUUUGCUAAAAAUGUCAGGAAAUUGUCCCAACUUCUUCAAUUUACAUCGGAAAUUAAUGAGUUCAGAAGACGUCGAGAUCGCAGAAAAAAAGUUCAUGGUGAUUUUGGACAUUUUUGAGCGACGAUUCCCGGUCAUGUUUCCAGUGAAUCCCACUCCGGCUGAUCGAUUACGAGCAGGUUGGAAGAUUUGUGACGCGAUUGGUGUAUGGAACUCACGCAACCUUCCACGACCUCACUGGUUAUCCACGGAAAUGGUGCGGCAGUGUGCACAAAUGAUGGAUUUCAAGUUUUCGAUUCGUUACUCAACCCCAUCCAUUACUCGGUUCCGUGGUGGUCCCCUGGUUUCUCACUUGCUCCAACUGCUUCGCACGCGCGCCAACUUUCAUCUAUCUGAACUCCCACCGGCAAAACAGAACCCGAAGAAAAUAGUCGCUCCACUACCACUGUUUGUGCCGAAUUUCAACACGGAUGUGGUUCGCCCGUACCAACGAUUAGUCGCAUAUUUCGCACACGAUUCAACCCUGGUUGCGAUGAUGAGUCACCUCGGCAUUUUCAAUCGACGUGUACCACCUCUGGCUAGCUGUCUGAUUGUCGAAUUGCAUCAUAAGCCCACGGAAACAGAGGACUAUUUUGUCCGUUUUCUCUAUCGAAACCUCACCGGAUCAAGUGAUACGCGUGUUUAUCCGCUUUGGCCACCGGCUUGUGGCCCCUUGGAUAUAGCCGGGGAAUCUAACUACUUAUGCUCUCUGACGCGAUUAGAGUCAGCUGUGUCAGGAACCUAUGCUGUGAACGUGGAUCACGAAUGUGGCAAUGAAUUUCACACAACCGCGGGGCUGCAAUAUUUAUCCACUGACUGUCAUUACCCUCAAAUUGGCGCGCUGUUUUUUGCACAGUUUCUUUUAUUGUUGUAUAUUGUGAGGCGGAACUGGUUUCCUGUUAUUCGUCUCUGUUCCCGACCUAGUCAAACAUCCUGUGCCAAGUCAACAGAAAUCCCGGUAGCUCCCAUAAAUCUCGUUAUUUCACCGUUUGAAAUGGUCACAAUAACUUCAAAACGGAUGGGAUUUCUUUCUGAACAGAUAACAACAAUAGCUCCGUUCCUCGCUCCACAAAUGAAUCACCACUGUUCCAUAUUCGCAUCUGAAAACUCGAGGCCGAAUGUGUGCAAGUUCAGGAGUGAGCCAGAGUGUCUCAAAUCAGCAAAUCCGGCCCGAACCUUGCAGAUUCGUACAUUCACCUUAUCUGUCACACUACAGUCAGAACUAAUACAAUUUCCAAGAUAUGUAAAACGCUCCACAACUUCCAGUGCCUCUCCCUGGAUCGUAAGUGGCGUGUUCAGUGACUGCACGUCCACGAGCAUGACCUUAUUUUGUGCAAAAUGCAUACCAAAAGACGGGAUGACUUUGCUCAGAUCAUCCAAGAAUAACUGCACCUUCUCCUCCUCUUCGAACAUGAGAACGAUGUCGUCUGCAUAUUCUAGAUCGACAAGGCUUUAUUCACAGGCUAUUUGA